AUGCCUUACGUCCCAGACACCAUCUUGAACCUUUAUGAAAAGGUCCAGGACCUCCUCGAUAGGUCAAAGAGAUCAUGGCUUGCAGCGUGCGAGGCAUGGAAUGAGGAGCCGCCAUCCAGGAUUGCGUCACCUGCGACUACUACAGAGGUACUGGUACGCAAGAAAAGGAUCACAAGGCCAAAAAAGAAGGAUUUCAAGAUUAGCAAAUCAUGCCAUCAGCUUGGGCCGUUGACCAGUAUCUUUGUCAAACCUGCUGAGGUGGCUGUGGUGAGAGCUCAAAGUGUGACUGGCGUGUCCAGCGAUGGCUCUCGGUUGAUCAUCUGGGCCGAUGCUUCGAGAAAAAAGAACUCUACAGGUUUUGCUGUGGCAUUUCUAAGUGGCUGUUACUGGGUGCGCGUCACCGCAAAAGGGCACGCCACUCCUACGGAAAUUGCAGAACUUGAGGCUGUUUGUCUUGCGCUGGAUUAUGCGGUGCAAGUCACCAAAAUGCAGAAGGAAAACAUUGGUCCUUUACGAUCUGUCGAAGUGUUCACCGACAGUCAAUCCGCUUUGCGUCUCCUAAAGGUGACGAAUAGACCCAUGUUUGCCACUGGACCUCACGGAAAUGCACAAGACGACAAUCCCGGAACGAAAAGGGGGAUGACAAAACGAACAACAGAGAAAGCCUGCGUCAUGAUAGAUGAACUUCAAAAAGCUGGAGUCAUGGUCGAGCUGCACUGGAUCCCACGGGGCAAAGUCAUAGGCAAUAUCAUCGCUGAUAAAGGGGCACUGAUGGCAAGAAUGGGAUUGGCAUCUUACCACAGCCCCACCGAUGUUCUCGUCGAGUUUCUGCCUGCGGAUGAACUGCAACUCGACAUCAAACGAUGUAUGAUUCUGUAA